AUGUCCCACUCACCGUCAUACGGCAAUCCUCAGCCGCCGUUCCCCACUCCGGUUUCAUCCCAGUCACAGAGCCCUUCAACGCUGGCAUCUUCUGCGUUGUUCAACCGGGAACCCGUGCCAAGUCGCGCGGCCCACUACCGCUCGGCGUCAAUUUCUCAGCCUGAGGUUCCAUUGACGGUUGGCCGAUCGUCCUCUGCCGCUGCCCUUAACAAUCUGCUGAACGCAGAACCGGCGAGGCCACCUGUUGCUUCUAUGGGAACACGUGGAAACUCUGGGGGGUUGGGUGGUCUGGAAGCAUUGGUCCAGGCAGCUACUGAAGAGAGGCGUAGGCUGAGUGGUGAGCACCCCACCCCGUUAGAAGCCAGAGAGUCUGCGCGUAAGGCGUCCCUCAGCCCCGUGCUUAAUCGCGUUCCUUCACCUCUUCCCCAUCCUCCGCAUUCCCCGGUGCUGCACAAGAUCCCGAUGGCGACUUCUCCGCGCGAUACACGCGUCAACUCCUUGGCCGUCAUUUCGCUUGGACACGAUGGCGAACCGCCAAUGAAGAGGCGCAGAAGAACGGGGAGCUUUGGCUCUGGUGCUCCAGCUGCUCGCCCCCCUGCGACACCCAUCGCUCCCACUCCGAAGGAUCUUCCUUCUGUCAGACCUCCCGCACCCCCGCCUCUUGCCCCCGUGCCUCAAGUUGAUUCCUCGCAUCAACAAGCGGUUCGUCCUGUGACUCCAGCGGGACCUGCACCCCCAGCACCUUCCGCGAAGCCUAGGACCAUAGCUCAACUCCUCUCUCCUGACCCGCCGCCCAAGGUCCCAUCCUUUCUCAGUCAGAGCAUGCCAAACCCUCCUCGGCCUCCAUCGCCGCAUGUCACUGUUGCUCCCCAACUACAGUCGUUGCUACUAGCUGACUCGCCAGUCUCUCAGCCCCCCGCAGUGGGUGUGAGGGGGGAUGUCCAAGCUGCGGUAGUGGACGAGUGGGCGAAACAGGAGGAGGAACCGACGGAGACGGUGGAGGAAAUGGCGGAGACGGUGGAGGAAUCCACGGUGGCAAACACGGAGCGAUUGAUGGAGCCGAAAGCAGAGGAGCAGACGGAGAUAGAGUCAAAGGCAGAGGAACAGGAGGUACCGCAGGUGCAAGAGCAGAUGGAAAAGCUAGACGCGGAGCCGAGUCCCGUGGACGAUGCGGGGGAGCGGACGCAACCGCCAGCGCGUUCGCACUCACCAAUGAAGUCGCAUUCGCCGGUGAGGGCGGUAGAGGACGCGACCAUCCCGAAGGUGGAGGAGUCACGAGCAACAUCGUCCGCUAUCGUGCAAGAAGAGCUUCCAGCCCUACAGGCUCCGGUGGACCCUGACGACGUACCAUUGGCCUUGGCACCUGUGGCUCAGGAAGACGCAGUAGUCUCUCCGACGGAGGUGAAGAUGGAAGGCUCUCCACCACCCGCAGCCGUGGCGAGCGUGGCAGACCUACCUACCCGCAAGGUAGACGCUAUUGAGGACUCGCCUCGGGUAUCCGUUGGUGUGGAGGAAGCAGAGCAGCCGGUUCGCUCUCCCACCCCGAUGGAGGUCGAAGAGCCGUUAGAGCCGUCCGAGACCCUGGCGGAGAUGGAGGAAGAGGCAGGGUCGACAACAGUGCCACUAGCGGUGACCGAGGUACCGCGUCAGCCUGAUAGCGAACCCGUUCAACCUCCAACGUAUGAGUCACAACGUUCCAUAGACAUGCGCGAAGAGGAUCCUCAUGAGUGGUUAUUGGAGCACUACGCCGAUGGCUCGCCUGCUCGUGGUUCCCGAGGUUCUUCUCCAGCCGCGGAAGAGCCACCUCAGACCCCGUCAGAAGCGUCUCCUCCCCCUCAUCCGCCGCAUGACGUGCCGAAGCCUGUAUCACCAUCUCCACGACCACGGCCGGAGCCGACAAAGCGUAACAAGAAGAAAGCUCCGAGCCCAUCCAGGUCUCCGACGCCCACCGCCCUGCUUGAACAAGAGCUCGACGAUGUUGUGCCGGACGACUUGCCUGUCCCGGCGCCCUCUCCCCGCUCAGAUGCUGACACUGACUUUGGAUUGGAGCUGGAGCUUGCUGCGAGCGCGACACCUGACGCAGGUACAGAUCCUGACAUGUCAAUGGGCAAUGACCUCGACGACGAGCUGCUGAGCCUGGUUGAUGACAAGCCUCAUCACUCGCACUCGCAUUCGCACUCGCACUCGCACUCGCACUCGCACUCGCAUUCACAUUUGCAAUCUCCUUCCCAUCGCGCGACUACGGCAAAGGCAUCGCAUACGACUCCUAGUGUUGCCCACGGUGAGAGGCAACCUCCCAAUGACGAGGCUGUGGUCAAGCCGGGCACACUGAUCGCACCCUCUGCUCGUGUGCCGUCGAGUACUCCCGCUUUACCAUCUGAACGCUUGACCAUGCCUCCGCCCCUUGCGCCUCCGCAGUCCGCUAAGCAGGCGACACCACAGGUGCUUGAAGCGGCUGAAAAAACAGUAGAGGAGCCUAGUGCGUCGGCGAGCGCGAAAAAAAAGGAAUCAGUAGUUAAGCACGCACCCAAGAUGAAGCAGAGUGCGACUGUGAAACCUAAGGCAAAGCCCGUGCCGAAACCGAAGGUCAAGCCGAUGAAGGAUAAGGAAGGGACCGCAGGCUCCAGUGGUAGGCUGACACCCUCCGGUAGUGGCACUGCGACGAAGGGGAAGAAGGCCACUGCGACGUCUGCUACGGUCGCCGCAGCUGCCAAACGAGCUGUCUCUGCUGCCGUAGGUCCUUCACGCUCCCGCUCUGCGUCUGAGAUGCCCAUGCCCGCGGAACCGACGCCGACACCGAAGCCCAAAGCACAACCGGAGGAGGAGGAAGAGUCGGAAGAGGAUGCUGUGGACGACAAGCUGUAUUGUAUCUGCAAGACGAACUACGAUGAGGACAAGGUCAUGAUCGCUUGCGAUAGAUGCGAUGAGUGGUAUCACACGCAAUGUUUGAACAUGAACGAUUUGGAGGUCGAUUUGAUUGACCAGUUCGUCUGCCCCCUCUGUAUCAAGGCCAACCCCAACAUGCCCCUCCAGACGACGUACAAGCAGCGAUGCAUGGCCGGACUGAAGCAUCCACACCCAUCCUCUCCUUCCGCAUGUCACAAGCCCGCACGCGGGGCAUUCUCCAAGUUCUGCUCGGACGAGUGUGGCGUCGCAUACAUGCAACGACGUAUCCAAGGCGCGAGGGUGUCGUCGUCAAAGUUCAAGUGA